AUGCAUCGCACAGUAGGUGCGGCCAUUCUGAUGGUCAGGAAUAUGGCAGGCUCUGGGGCGGAGCCGCAGGUCCUUGUACAGUACUUAGUGUUACGAAAGGAUCUGUCACAGGCUCCUUUUUCCUGGCCCACGGGCGCAUUGGUAGCACAGGCUUGUCACGCUGCCACCGCAGCCUUGCACCUUCAUCGAGACCAUCCGCACACAGCAGCUUAUCUCCAGGAGCUGGGGCGCAUGCGCAAGGUCGUUCUCGAGGCUGCUGAUGAGACCACUUUGAAGACACUGGCUGAGACCCUGCAGGAGAAGAACAUUGACCACAUGCUGUGGCUUGAGCAACCAGAGAAUAUUGCCACCUGCAUUGCCCUCAGACCAUACCCCAAGGAAGAAGUGAGUCAGUAUUUGAAGAAAUUCCGUUUGUUCAAGUGACUGCUGUUCUGGUAGAAUUGAAUGGUAGCUGGGUCCAGGUGCCAAAUGGCCUCCAACUUGAAGCGCUGUGGACUCCUUUCAAUGUUGACAUACUCUUUCCUUCUAGUUAUGAUGGUUUCUUAAGAGCCAGCAUAAAUUCAAAUUAAAGCCAUCAUUAAGAAAUA